UUAGCAGGCAACUAGCGAGACAGCCAUGGCAUCUGCAAUUCAGGCGAACUAACUCCUACGCUGUAAAGUCAAUGGUUGAUGCUCUCCGAAUCGGAGGGUCAUCGAGGUCCUAUGCAAAGCUUGCAGUGGGCAUCGACAUAGUCUCUGUUGCACCGGAUGUUUCCCUCCAGCAAGCCCGGACCUGGGCAGAAGGUGUCUCAUCAAAUUUCUCCACCACUGCUUUAAAAGAGAUUUUCAAGGGAAAGAAAGUUGUGAUUUUUGGCCUCCCAGGGUUUGUUCACAACAGCAUGUGCCUAGUUACAAAAACAAUAUUGCUUGGAGCUAGAUAAAGAUCCCUCUGUUGCUUUGCUUGGACCUCGCUCUCAAAGAUGAUCAGCAUACGUGGAAGAUGGAAAGGUCAAGGUUUUAACGUGGAGGAAGCUCCAUCUGACUUCAAGGUUUCUGGUCGUGAGGUUAUUCUGGGACAAAUCUAAUGCUUCUUGUUAACUUCUCGCGAGGAAUACCUAUGUAUAAAUCCCGGUUGAAUGUGAGACCACAUGUAAUAAAAACUCCGAAGUUGCUGAUGUUUCAUAUGUUGAUUCCAGGGUCUGUUUUACAGUGUUACAUUUAAUGCAAAUUCUAAUUACAUGGAAUAAAUUAGCUUUACCUAUC